AUGAACAUUGCGCGUGUUGGGGGGUGUUUGACCUCGCAUUAUUUGUUCGACCCUUACAGUUGCUUGCAGCACUAUAAGAGGGCGUUUAAGUUGUUGCUGCAGCUGAAGCGGGGGGGGGGAAAGCUGCUGGUUGUUGGUCGUCGACACCAAACCGACAUAGCUCUCCAGCGUCAUUUCCCAGGCCUUGCAGCGGCUUCAGCAGCCGCUGCUGUGGGGCCCCACACGCGGCAGUUGCUGUCUGCUGCGCCUGCGCACUACAGUGCGUUAAUAUGCCAGGAUUGCGUUGCGUUCGCGCCCUACUUAUACGGGCUGAAUCUGCCGGUGCUGGGUGUAUGUACCCCCCGGGAAGUGCACGAGCACCCUGAAAUCCUCAAGGUCGUUGACUACCUCAUUCCACACACCUCCAACAGGCCAGACACGGCUUUGCGGAAACUGCUCGAGACGCAAAUUUUGGAAGAGGCCGCAGACAGCGCCAGCGGCAAGAGAGAAGACGUUGAGGGCAAAAGCCACCCACGGAUUGAAGCACUAGGGUGCGCGUGUGCGAAGCGAGCGGUUGCACACGCCUUUGUAAGUGAAGAUUUUAGUCGAACAGCUAGCCAGGCGGUGCUGGACGGUGGUCUUGUUUCGGGAGGCAGUUGGGAGAUGCCCAGAACACCUUUUUAA